AUGAAUCACAUUUAUACAAUAGGCAAUGUUCCGACUCAUUGGAUUGACCUCAUAUCCGAAAAUGCAUGUCCUCACGCGGCAAAGUUUGCUGCAGUGCAAGCGUUUGCAUCGACUGAGAAAAUAACUCUUUCACAGAUAAUUCCUAUUAUCACAACGCAAAUCAAAAAACGAUGUUACAGCGGCAAAAGCAGAAUUCGAUAA